UUUAACAUUGCUUUCCCAUACUGUCACUAUAUUUAUUCUAGAUACGCUUUUGUUUUGUUGGGACAGCUUAACGCUGCUUUACUUUACUUCUAGAAUACACAAACAUAUUGAAAAUUGUUAUAAUGCUCAUAGCACGGUAUAGAAUCAGCCAGCUCAUAGUUGAAAGACCGAUAUAAAAUGAUAAAAUUGUAUAGUUGUAGAAUUAUAUUAAAAAAUGCCAAGAAUAUAAUCAUUCGCGAGGAAAUAAAAAGUUGGUUUAUUCCACAUGCCUUUAAACUGAAAUCAACUUCAAUAGUUUGGAUUUCUUAAGUAUUUUGUAUAAAAUUUAGAAUAUUCUCAGCCAGUAAAUAUUGAAAUCAUGACUUUUUUUUUAUGGAUAUUCUUUUUUCAAGUUUUGCAAUAUGUUAGUGCUGAUUUCAAGGUUGACCGACAUGAUUUGAGAGUUGUUGUUGGUCAUAAUGAAUCGUUUAAUUUGAAUUUGACAAACAAGCUAUCUACUGAUGUCUAUGUAACUUUUAAUAUUCAACAUGAAGAUCUUCUCAAAGUAAACCCUGCAACAAUCAAUAUCACAAAAAAUGAACGAGACUUCCUAUGGAACAUCAGUGUAAUAACAUUAUUACCUGGUCAUUCAGUGAUCAGUACUAAUGUAACUCCCGGUAUAAUAGAUUUUUCCAACGCAUUUGUUAGAGUGAUAAUACAGCGAUCAACUGUAUUGUAUCAUUUAAGUAACGUUGUCGGUUGGGUGUACUUUGUGGCAUGGAGCAUUAGUUUUUAUCCUCAGAUAUAUACUAAUUACCAACGGAAAAGUGUUGUAGGCUUGAGUUUCGAUUUCUUAUCAUUUAAUUUUGUCGGAUUUUUCAUGUAUGCUUUAUUCAACAUAGGUCUUUAUUGGAUACCAGUAAUAGAAUCGGAAUAUUACCAUCGAUAUCCGAAAAGUUUGAAUCCAGUACAAAUGAAUGAUGUUUUCUUUUCAAUUCAUGCAUUCUGUGCAACAUCCCUCACUAUCGGACAGUGUUUUAUUUACGAGACUGGUGUGCAACGAGUAUCGAAUACCACCCGAAUAAUCCAUGGAUUAUUCGCGAUAUUUAUAGUCAUUUCAACUAUUUUAGGAAUCAUUAAAAUAAUUGAAUGGCUGGAUUUUCUCUAUUUUUGCAGUUAUAUAAAGCUAAUUAUCUCAUUAAUCAAGUAUAUACCACAAGCAUAUUCUAACUACAAAAGAAAGUCUACUGUCGGCUGGAGUAUCGGUAAUAUAAUCUUAGACUUUACUGGAGGAUCACUUUCUAUGCUUCAAAUGGUAUUGAAUGCUUACAACUACGAUGAUUGGGAAAGUAUUUUUGGUGAUCCUACAAAAUUUGGACUUGGUUUUAUUUCAGUAAUUUUUGAUAUAUUUUUUCUGUUACAACAUUACGUAUUCUACAAGCAUGGAAUCAAUCUGUUGGACUCCGAUUCAAUCGUAGAUGUUCUGGCAUGAAAUCCUUCUAGGAAACAGUGAGAUAGAUAUGGAAAAGAUAAAAGAACUGAAUUUUGCUAGCAUCGCUCAUACAUGGAUUCAUGUUACAAAUUAAUUAAUGCAUAAUAAAUUUUUGUAAAUUUCAAAGUUACCUUUUCAAUAAAAUUUAAAUAGUGGAAAUAUGUUAAAAA